CGGACCACAUGGAUUUAUCCUUAUCUUUCCUUACCUCAAUGUUGAGAGAUCUAAUCCAAGUUGAAAGUGGAUUUUCAGGUUUAAAAUAUUUCAAUGUUAAGCGAUUUCAGGGCCGUGCUAAAGAAAAGCAAGUUGGAUUUUUAAUCAAUUCUAUGCCAAAUGAUUUAAAUAUCGACCUCAUACCACCAUCGCAUUUGAAUAUCUCCGCCAAUCCACCAAAGAACACCGCGGACAAUCCAAGCGGUCCUUAA